UAUAAAUCGUAAGAUUUAUCAUAAAAUUUCGAAAGAGAUGUGUCAGGUUGAUGCGGGUAAGGCGUGGGAGAAGCUGAAACCGAUUAGUUUUUAUACGAAAGAAUGGGUUGAUGUUUAUAAACAAAACUUACAAUCGCAGCAAGGAAAAUGGAUUUCACUGAAGCAUGGGAUGAUACAUGUUCAUAUAUAGGUUUGGCUGCAAGAAUUGGAAAUAUAACUGAAUUUCGUAAAUUAGUUGAAGCAGGAAAUCCAGUUGAUGCACCAGAUAAUAGAGGAUGGCGACCAUUACAUGAAGCAGCUGCUGAACCUAAAGAUUUGCGAUGUUUAGAAGAAUUAUUAAAGCAUAAAGAUACAGAUGUUAAUUGGCAAACUCAUGAAGGAGAAACAGCAUUAUUGCUGGCUUGUAAACGAAGAUGUAGAACCAACAAAAAACCUUUAGAAGCCGUAAAAUUGUUAUUGAAAUAUAAAGCUGAUCCUAAUAUAGCAGAUAAUGAAGAAGAAACACCUCUGUUAGCAGCUACUCGUUCUGGAUUUGCUCCAGUAGUAUUAGAACUUUUAAAUAAUGGUAAAGCUGAUCCAAAUAAAGUCGACUGUAGCGGUUGGGGUUCCUUGCAUGAAGCAGCCAUGCUUGGUAGAGCCGACAUUGUCAUUUCUCUGUUGACGGCAGGUGCAAAAAUUAGUAUUCGAGAUGAAUGUGAAAUGACACCAAUAUUUACAGCUGCACAACAUGGGAAGAUAGAAUGCUUAAAAAUUCUGCUAGAUGCUGCCAAAGAAAGAGGUGAAGUAGAAUUGAUAGAUAUGAGAGCCGAAGAUGGUGCUACACCAGUCAUGAUUGCUGCACAGCAAGGAUUUACUGAAUGUGUAGAAAUGCUAUUAGCAUAUGGUGCUAAUAUAAAUUUAAGAUCUUUUGAUAACAUAACGGCUUUACAUUUAGCUGUUCAAGGAGAACAUGUAAGCUGUUUGAAGUUGUUAAUGGAUCAUGCUAAUGUUAACGAACUGAUCAUUGAUUAUCAACCAGAAAAGUUUAGAAACAGAAUUUCGAGGGGGGAAUUAGAACCAAUAACACCACUACAUUUGGCAGUAGAAUGGAAUAGAAAGAAUGUAGUUUUAAGACAGACCACCUCUGGUUGGGAGAUUGAACUUUACUUCGAGUUUGAGCUCUCUCACGAUCCAAAUUGGAAAAUCUCAUUACGCUUGGUAAAAAGUGAAGUAGAAUUGAUAGAUAUGAGAGCCGAAGAUGGUGCUACACCAGUCAUGAUUGCUGCACAGCAAGGAUUUACUGAAUGUGUAGAAAUGCUAUUAGCAUAUGGUGCUAAUAUAAAUUUAAGAUCUUUUGAUAACAUAACGGCUUUACAUUUAGCUGUUCAAGGAGAACAUGUAAGCUGUUUGAAGUUGUUAAUGGAUCAUGCUAAUGUUAACGAACUGAUCAUUGAUUAUCAACCAGAAAAGUUUAGAAACAGAAUUUCGAGGGGGGAAUUAGAACCAAUAACACCACUACAUUUGGCAGUAGAAUGGAAUAGCAAUAGAUGCUUGAAACUCUUACUGGAAAGAGGAUUUCCUGUUGAUUGUUUAUGCGAGCGUGGAACCAGGUACGAACCCCAGUUUUUCACAUUUCUCCGUCCAACUUAUGAGACUGCUUUGUCUUAUGCUAUUGGAAAAGAAAAUGUAGAAGCAGUUGACAUUCUGUUGGAAGCUGGUGCCAAUUGUAAUUCAACAUCAGACGAUGUUUUACAUCCACUUAUUCCAGCCUUAGUGAAAUCCUCGUUUUUGCUAAUUGACAAGCUAAUUGAUCAUGGAAGUGAUGUGAAUUACAAACGGACUUGUGUUCCAUUUGCAGAAAUACUUUUGAUUGCAUUAAAAAAUAAGAAAUUGUUUUUGCAUUUAUUAUUCCAUGGCGCAGACCCAAGGUUAUUGUUCCCUACGGGAAAUGUUCCUUUCAUUCAUUAUUCUGUCAACUUGUUGUUUGCCUUUGGUUACAGUUGGAAUCAGACAUUGCACAUAUUGUAUAUUUUACUUCUUUUCAACGGAAUGACCAAAGAAUUCCGAGAGUGUGUAGACAUCUUGCAAGAGAGCAGAAUCAAAUUCAAUGAUUACGAUGCACUUUCAUGGGAGACUUUUCUGAAAGAAAUCGAGAAACCAUCCACACUGUCCGUCUUCUGUCGCAUAUGCAUCCGUCGUCAUCUCGUCAAAAUUCAUCGCGGUCGCAACGCACUGAACGAUGCAAUAUACAGACUGCAGUUACCUCGGACGUUGAUUACCUAUCUUCUGUACGAAGAUGCCUAUUCCAGAUUCUGGAUGGACCAUGGUAACUGAUGCAGUCUUUCAAAAUUUAAAUAUUAAUUGGCAAGAUUAAUUUUGCUAUUUUUCACUACUUGUCAGAGAUCUGAAAUCUAUUAAGUUUUCUCUAUCAUAAUGGACUUAAAUAAAUCUCAAGUUAAAUUUUACAUACUCAUAAAUACAAAUUGUUUAAAAAUUACAUAAAUGAUUGCGAAUGAUGCAAAACCACAAACUUCUCAAUUCCUUAUAAUGUAAAUCAUAUAUUUAACCAUUAUAUUAAUUUAUAAAGUUUACUUUUGAAGUGAUAUUGUCAUUGUUUUUCAGUAUUAUGGAUUUUUAUCAAACAAUUUAUCCAAUAGUGUAAAAUGCAAAUCCUGUACAGUGUUUUUGAUAUAGAAUAAAAGAAUUAAAAACAA